AUGUGUGACAAUUAUGAUUCUUCUGAGUUUUCUUCCAGGUCUUCAGGAUAGAAUUAUAAGAAACAAGAUCAUCAGAUUCAACAAAAUAGUGAAAGUGAAAGUGAAAAUGACUAAAUAAAAAAGAAAACAAAGUUAAUAGAUGAUAACGAGCCAAUUAAAAUAUCACGAAAAGUGAGCGAUGAUUUGAUUAAAAUGUUUGAAAGGUUACCAAAUGAUCAAAUAACCAAACUUUUAGAUGUGAUCAAAGUUAAGAAUUCACCUGAUUUGCCAGUUCAAGUUAAUCUAGGAGAUUUAAUGUCAUAAGAAGAUGACUUCAUAUUAGAUAGUUAAUCAGAUUCAUAAAAGGAAAAGAUGAGAAAGAAAAGAGAAUCAAAGGAAAAGUAAUGCAGAUGUUGUAGUUAAUUUGUAAAACGCCAUCAUUGCACACAUACUGAAUGUGAAAAACCUUGUUAAGUGUAAGAAAAAUUUAAGAAAACCAAAGUGUGA